AUGUCGGUCGAAGGACUCGAAGUGCUGCAAGGGCAAGGGAAACAUGCUCAGUAAGUGCCUGAUUGAGUAUAUUCUUUAAUUUUUUUAUUUUUAUUACUCACAAAGUGUUGUGCAUGAAUACAUUUUGUGCAGAACAAACGAAUUGUAAUCACGAAAUAUGUAUUUUGUCAUUUGUUGACUGUUGUUGUUUGUGUCAACGCUAGUUGUACUUUAAAGAAGAAGGCUAUUUAAUGGUAUAACAGUCACCUGCUUGCAACGAGGCAUCAUAAGCUAUAAAGAGUUCUUGUCAGUUUAACAUUUUAUUAUUAUAUGGUUAUUUAUGUAUAUUUGUAUUUAUAAAGAUUUAUAAGUCAACUUCAUAGCUAUACCUAUUGCAUUAUUUACUGUUUGCUGGCAUAUACAAUUUUUUUUGUUCUCAAUUGUAUCUCAACAAUAACAAAGCUAUCUUGGGAGCGUUUUGAAAACUUUUACAUGUAAGCAAUAUGUAAACAAGGCAAGGGUGUCUAUACACUUUUGAACUUGACAUUUUUGUUAUUAACUUUAUUAUAUUUUAGGAAUGCAAUGGUUUGGACCGAUUACCAUGACAUAUUAUUAUGCAGAGAAAUUAUGGUUAAAAAUCCAUUUCAAUUUAAGAAAAGUUCAACUCAACGUGGUCAUAUAUGGUUAGAAAUUGCAACAAACCUGGCAUGUAUCAAAGAACCAAAGUUCAAAACUGAUUUGGAACAACGUGCAGUUCGAGAUCGGUACAACCUUUUGUAGAGUAAGCUUAGAAAAAAGUUAAGUAGUGACAAAAAAGCUUCUGGAAUAGAUACUGACAUGUCCGAAGUUGAGGAUAUGAUUGAAGAGCUUAUUCAGAUUGAAGAUGAUUCAACAGAACAACAACGGUUGAACGAUGAAGAACACAAAAAGAAAGCAGAUACAGAUAAGGAAAAUGCAAAUAAUAUACGCGUGCAAGCUAUGUAA